UCACGUGAUCGCGGCCCAGUGGGUUGAAGAUGGCGGCGCCCGGGAGCUCUGAGCCUGGCUGGGGCCCUGCCCGCUACUGCCUGGUGAGCCGCAUCCCGGCCGAGCUCCGCUCCGCCCAGCUCCGCUCCUACUUCAGCCAGUUCGCCGAGGCCGGCGGCUUCCUCUGCUUCCACUACCGGCACCGGCCCGAGCGCAGCGGGCCCCCGGGGCAGGGCCCGGGCCCGGGCCCGGGCCCGGGCCCGGCCACUUGCUGCUGCCUGGUAGCGGUGCGGCCCGGCCAGGCCCGGCGGCUGGUCCGCAUGUACUCGGGCAAGCGCUGGCUGGAUGCCCAGGGCGACGGGCUGCCCGGCCGCUGCGUGAUCCGCAGGGUCCGAGUCUCCCCGGACACAGGCUUGGGCAUGUUCCAGUAUAAAACUAAAAAGGAGCUUCAUAAUAAGACCCAGAGUGAAACGUUUACCCAGACAGACUUAAAGUGGCUGCCUGAACUGAACCCCCCUGUGUUUAUGCCCCAUGGGAAUGUGGGAACCCCUCUGAGAGUCUUCCUGGAGCUGAUCAAGGCCUGCAGGCUGCCUCCCCGAGUUAUUAAGAAACUGCAGCUACGAUUCCCCAAGACAGGAUCCUCUCGCAGGUAUGGGAAUGUGCCUUUUAAAUAUCAGGACACUGAGACUGUUGAACAAGAAGACCUGGUUUAUACAGACACUGGGGAGGAGAUCACAAUGGAAAAGGGACACCUGGCAAGAACUGGGAUGACUCAAACUAGUGAUGAGGAAGACUGGGAAGGACCAGGAAAGGAAGAAGCAGAAGAGUCUCACUCAGAUGAUGAUGAUGAUAGGUGCGAGGAGUGGGAACGACAUGAGGCUCUGCAUGAGGACGUAACCAGUCAGGAACGCACAGAGGAGCGGCUGUAUGAAGAGGAGAUUGAGCUGAAGUGGGAGAAGGGAGGCUCUGGGCUGGUCUUCUACACAGAUGCUCAGUACUGGCAGGAAGAGCAAGGAGACUUUGACGAACAGACGGCAGAUGACUGGGAUGUGGACAUGAGUAUCUACUACGACAAAGAUGGCGGUGAUAAGGAUGCCCGCGAUGCAAUACAGAUGCGCUUGGAACAGAGACUCCGGGAUGGUUUGGAGGAUGGGUCUGUUUCAGGGCAACAGAUUGGGACCUUUGAGAAAUAUACCAAGGGUAUUGGCAGGAAGGUGUUGGAGAGGCAGGGCUGGAUGGAGGGACAGGGUCUGGGGAGCAGCAACUCUGGAAUGGCUGAAGCUUUGGACAGUGAGGGUCAGCAUCCCAAGUGCAAGAGAGGAUUGGGGUACCAUGGAGAGAAACUGCAGACUUUCAACAAGCCGAAAAAACCUCGCCGGGAUGGCCCCAUCCUCAUCUCCACAAUCUACGACGAGCCCCAGCCUGUAGACGGUGGGGACAAGCUACUCCGGCGCCAGCUGCCCACUGCCAUGAAGUACAGACAGGACAUGGCGUUUGUCCGAGCGACUCAGAGUGCUCACCCAGAGCCCCAGUGGCUCAUGAGAGUUGCUGCUGAACAGAGACUUUGAGACUCCUUCAUUAGAGCAAUAGCAGAACCUUUAUAUUGGAACAGCCUCUUCUGUGCUCCGUUGUUACCAGGAGGCUGACUUCUCCUGCUGUCUGAUGCUAAGCAGAAUGUUAAUAUAUUUUCUGGAAGAAAUACCAGACUCUUUUGUAGCAUGCAAGUCUUUCUGUUUUAACAAUUGCUGUCUUAGGAAGGGGUCUCAGUAUCCCUGCCACCAGCUGAGCUCUUUGAUCCUGUUUGUUUGACCGGGGGAAGGUUCAGCUUCUGAGUGUUAACACUAAUACUGUAAGCAAGGCUGCUGUGUGAAGCAGCCAGCGUUUUGUUUAGGCUCCUGCAGCGAGAUGUUUUCAGGUGAACUGUCUGCAAGCAGGCGUGAGCUCAUCUCUUAAUCUCGGGAAGAAAUGUAACUGUCUCCUAGAAAACUUACUACUGGUCCAGAGCAUCAUUCAGUCGAUGGUAUUUACACUGCACUCAUGUGAAAACUUCCUGGGGCAAAAUGACCCUUUUGGUGGCUUUCACUGUACUAAGUACUGAAGAUAAAAUGAAGACUUUUCUAUAGGAGGAAUGAGACUAGCUGUGCUUCCUCAUAGUGUCAGGUGCCGCACAAAGUGGGUAAAACCACAGGCUAGUAUGUGCACCUCAAGCUCUGCUUCCUUCUCCAGUGACUAGCACCUGUGCUCUUUUUACCCACAUGUACUUAGCUACACACUUCUCCACUGAGAGAUGCCCUACCUUCUCCCUCAUGGCUUUGCACUGCAGCAUGAAGAACUAAAUUAGCAGCAGGAUCUGCCCAGGAUGGCUGUAGCUUGUGCCUGUUGACAUGGCCAGUUUAUCCCAUAGUUGUAGACUGUGACUGUGGUGAGAGGAAUGCAGAGUUCAGGUUUCUAUUCUCCCUUUACAGUUUUAGUUAAUGUGAGCUCUGUGUUUAGAAAUCUCAUUGCUGGCCUCUCCUGCAUUGAAAUCACCUAGCCAUCAUCUCCUAACUAGUUUAGCCCAGGCUCCACCUAUAGUUUCUCUUCCACCACUCAAACAUGCUUGUUAAAACAACACGUGCUAAACCUUGUACUUUCUUCUUUGUCUUGACAACUGCUUUUCCCCUGGAAUACGGUGGCAGAAAAGUACCAGCUGUAGGCUGAGCCCUUUGUAAACAAGGUUUGGAAACAGCCUGCAGGAAAGAGUAUGAUCUAAUUAGCUACGACCACUGUGGCACUAAAAGUAGUUUAAGGAUGUAGAGUAACUUCCAUUUGUCACAAACCUCUGAGAGCCUCCUCUGCUAGGAGGCCUAGUCUGUAUCCUCCGCAGCCUGGCUGCGGGGAUCAUCCACUGGGACUAGAUGCCAGUUUCUCUCACAGAAUGAACGUACUGAAACUGAUGCCUGUUAAUUUUUAACAAAUUCCUUUGGGGAUAUACUAAUCUGAGGCCUGAUCAAGAACUUUAACUCCAUUUUCCAGCUUUUUUAAAUCUAUCUGUACCACACUUAACCCAACAGAGUCUGGGUGAUGAGUGCUAAUCCUAGGCCCUCUCAUACAAAAACUUUAAACAUGUAACACUCAACUAUUUAUUAAGGUAGGGGCAGAGUUCCUGUCUCAGGUAAGUCUAUUAUUAAAGAAGCUUCUUGCCCUCCUGUAGAAAUAAAGGGGUUGUAUCUGUAAAUAAAUGCUUUGUUGCUGCAUGA